AUGGCUCAUCUCGAAGCCCGCAACCAUCUUUCUCCCGACUCCGGCUUCCCAAUCACGCUUCACCCCAGCUUCAACCCCAAGAUCAAGGCACACGUGCCCCCCGAGCCGGUCCGCUCACCAAUCUUCCCCGACAAGGACCGAGCCUCGUUCGCCGACCCGGACAAGAAGGCUCUCUUCUCCGUAGCCAGACGCGUCGACCUGACCGAAUCCAUCGGCACCGUGCUCGAGGGCGUCCAGCUGUCCCGGUUGACCGGACAGCAACUCGACGAGCUGGCCCUGCUGGUGGCGGAGCGGGGGGUCGUGUUUUUCAGAGACCAGGACCUCACUACUGAUCAGCAGGUCAGGCUGUUUGAACACUAUGGCGUGCUGGAUAGGCAUCCUGCCCAGAAGCAUGUGAUCAUCAAGGGGAGCCGCGAGGACCACCGCGAGAUCCUCGCAUAUACUCCGUGGCCAUCGGGCGACUUCCAUGCCGAUACUUCGUUUGAAAUCAAUCCGCCGUCGUACUCGUUGCUCAGGAUGGAAGAACACCCGGAUGUCGGGGGAGACACUGCUUGGGUAUCCACCUACGGCCUAUACGACGCUUUAAGCAAGGCAUUGCGCAGUUUUCUUGACGGCCUGCACGCCGUACACACUUCGAGAUUACAAUACGACACCAUCCUCGAUCUGUGGGGAGUCGGCCCCAACCGGCCUCCCAUAGACACCCAUCAUCCAGCAGUGCGGACGCAUCCUGUCACCGGCCUCAAGGCGCUGAAUGUCAAUCCGGGCUUUGUCACCGGGUUUGCCGAGCUCAAGAAGAAAGAAUCAGACAAACUGCUCGAAUUUCUCGAAUACCAUAUCCAUUCGGCUGAUGACCAUGCCGUGCGCUGGAAGUGGGCGGUAGGGAGUGUGGCUUUGUGGGACAAUCGAGCCACCAUCCAUCGCGUCAUCCCUGGAACGUACGAAGCCCCCAGGAAAGGCAUCCGGACGACGGUAUUUGGCGAAAAACCAUAUUUCGAUACUGCCAGCGAGAGCCGCAACGAGCGGGCAGAACGACUCAAAGCGGAAGCGGCAGCGGCUGCAAUCGCGGAAAAGACAGAGACUUCGACCUCCGACCACGACGCAGACACGAAUGCGAAUGCAGAUGUCUCGAAGAAACCUGAAACUGAAAAUGGUGGCGCCGAUGCCGAUGUUCCGGCCUAG